CAGAAUCCUCUAUUUCCAUCUUAGCUUCGCUUUCUUUCUACAUUUCUUUUCUUCUUCAAGAAAAAACUUUUUCUACGCGUGCUUUUUAAAAUAUGGAGCAGAGUCCUGCGUCGUCGACGUUUACUUGAAACCAUACACAGUAAAGUCAAAGAGGGCAAGAGUCGACGGCGAUCAAAGGAGAAGCAACAGCAUACUAAUUUAUUUUCUACUCCGUAUUGUACAAUUUCUACUCUAAUAAUCCAUUCAUCUAACGGGUCUGAAAUUAGGGUUGACAUUCCCGAGGUUUCGCCUUGUCUUCAAUGAAACAUGGUUUGUGACACUCGGUCAAGGAGCAAAAUGGGGAGUGACGAUGACAAUGAUACUUCAAAGAUUAGAGUGGCUGAUGGAGAAGGAACACCCCCAGGCACUAAAAAGACAGAUUGUUCAGGUUUAAGGAGGGUAGCUCAGGUAACCCGAUCAAAAGAUACAAGCACAAGCCCAUCACCUACCAGGAAGUCUGAGCGGAUUCAGAAGAAGACUUCACCCACAACUCCUGCCAAAUCUGGCAAAGUUGAUAAAUUGGACACUCCUAGUCCUUUGAGGAGGUCUGAUAGAGGGAAAGGCAAUGUUUCUUCGUUGUCAAAGAUCCCAGAGAAUGAAUCUAAUCCAUCUCACGUAAAGAUACAUGACCACAAAGAGGAGACGAUGGAACAACUGAUGAUGGAAUCUGAAGAUGCUAGCACUAGCAGUAAGGUCCAUUACAAGAGCUUGUCCUCUAUUGGAAAGAAAAGGAAGAGAGUAAAUAGCCAAAGAUAUAAGUUUUUUCUCAAGAGGCGACGUAGAAAGAGUACACCAUCAGGAAUUAUUACCAAAUCAAAAAGACCCCUUAAGUUUCCUGUAGCUGAUAGCAGUGACUUCAGAAACGAGGAGUCCAAGCUUGUUGAGGAUAAAGAAAAUGAGGAAGUUGAGUGUCAUAUAAAGGUUGGAGAAAAAUUGACGGAUCACCUUGCUGCACGUGUUGUUGAAGGAAACUCCAAAGAUGUGCUUGAGAUUUUCCCUGUUAUGGAAACUUCAAAGAUCCCAAAUUUAGUAUAUUCUGUUUCUGCAAAUAGUGAAAUUAAUUCAGAAAGUGUUGAUCAUGGAAUAAUAAGAACAUCAAAGACACAUUUUAACACAGAGUCUGAAGUCGAAAUGGCAGAUACAAACAUGAUCUUUGCUGGGUCUUGUGUUUCAUGUUCGAAAAAGCUAUGGGUGGCUCAUGAUUCACCAAAAGUAGAACUCUGCUCAUGUGCUGCAAUGUCCAAUAACGAUGCCUCUAACUUAGCCAGUCCUGAGGAUGGACUUGGUGCUAAAGCUAUUCGUAUUUCUGGAUCUGCUGAGAUAGACCACAUCAGAAUUUCUGGACGGGCUUUUUCAGACUCUCAUGUGGAUAUGGAUGAAAAUGUGUGCCCUGCAUGCCUACAAGAUGGAAAGAGCCUUCUUUGCAAUGGAAAUGGUUGCAAGGGAUGCUACCAUCUUCCUUAUUCAGGUCCUCCUAUAAAUGAUAUUCCAUCUGGAGUCUGGUUUUGCCCCUGCUGUCUGAAGAAAAUGAUUGAAUUUGGUGUCCACUCAGUGACAAAAGGAGUGGAUUCAAUCUGUGAUGUUAGAGAAGUGGAUGCAUCAGGAACACAUAGGCAGAAGCAGUAUCUCGUGAAGUACAUUGGUCUUGCUCAUGUUCACAACAAUUGGGUAUCAGAAGCACGGUUGCUAUUUGAAGCACCAUUACUUGUUGCAAACUUUAGUGAUAAUAAUCAGGUUAUUAGAUGGAACUCUGAGUGGACAGUGCCACACCGUUUGCUGAAGAAAAGGUUAUUAUCUUUCUCUGAGCUGCAAGGUGAUUAUCAAAAUCUUGAUACUAGGGGUCAUUCAGAAUGCCAAUAUGAAUGGCUCAUAAAGUGGCGAGGUCUUGAUUAUGAGAAUGCGACAUGGGAGUUGGAGAAUGCUGAUUGUCUGUGCUCACCUUAUGGGAAAAGACUCAUUAGGGAGUACGAGAUGCGCCAGGAAAAAGCAAAACAAGUCACCGGAAAGAAUUGUAAGCAGUCUCUCAUGAAGUUUACAGAGAUUUCGGAUGGAAAUUCACUUAUAAGUGAUAUGAAUAUACUAAAUUCUGUGAACAAACUUCAUGAUCAUUGGUGUAAAUCACAGAAUGUUGCUUUUUAUGAUGAUGAGGAACAAAUAAUGAAGAUCGUUUUGUUUAUUUUAUCUAUGUCUACAGUCUGCUGCUUCCCUGUCCUUAUUAUCACAGCUUCCCAUGCUAUUUCUCAGUGGGAAACUGAACUUAAGAAGUGGGCCCCAUCUGUAGAUUGUGUAGUCUACCAAGGUAACCGAGACACCAGAAGGAUUAUUGAGGCGUUGGAGUUUUAUAGCCAAGGGGGAAGCAUGAUGCUUCAAGUUCUUUUGACCUCGCUUGAAAUUGCUGUCGAGGAUAUACAAACAAUAAACAGAUUGAGUUGGGAGGUGGUUGUAAUUGAUCAGUGCCAACAGUCAAAUGUAUUUGCCCAUGUAGAGAAAAUUGAGACACUUGGUGGGCUAAAGGUGCUUCUCUUCAAUGGUCCAAUAAAGCAUACUGCAUCAGAGUACUUGAACAUACUGUCACUUGUUGAUUCUGAUGGUGAUCUGGAUAAAGUUGAUCUCUGGAAAACCUGCUCAAAUGAUGCUCUUGAGGAAUUGAACGAUAAGGUGGUGUCUUCCGAGUUUGUUGAGUACUGGCUUCCUGUUCAAAUUUCUGAAUUACAGCUUGAACUUUACUGUGAGACAUUACUCUCGAACAUCGAUGCUCUAUGUUCUUACCCAAAAAGUGAUCCAGUGGGAGCUCUUAACGAUAUGCUUCUUAAUGUUCGAAAGUGUUGUGAUCAUCCUUAUAUCAUUUUCGACCCAUCCACGAGCCCCUUCAACAAGGAGCUUUCUCAGACUGAGAUCUUGAAUAUUGGAAUACAAGCAAGUGGGAAACUGCGACUUCUUGACAAGAUGCUAUAUGAGAUGAAAUGCCGGCAACUAAGAACCAUUGUCCUUUUUCAGUCUUAUGUUGGCACCACUCCAUCAAUUGGUAACAUAUUGGAGGAUUUUUUGCGUCAAAGGUUUGGAGAAAAUUCCUAUGAACUUGUCGAUGCAUAUCUCACGCGGUCCAAGAAGGAUUCUGCUCUUAAUAGGUUCAAUUCAGCGGAAAAUGGGCGAUUCGUUCUACUAUUAGAAAACCGUGCUUGUAAACCAAGCUUUAAACCAUCUUCUGUGGAUAACAUCAUCAUAUAUGGUAGUGAUACUAAUCCUUUGAAUGACAUGAGGCUUCUGGAAAGAAUAUUGCUUUAUUCCAAAGCAAAACAAAUCAAGGUUUUUCGGUUAUAUUCGUGUUUUACUGUGGAGGAGCAAGCACUUUCCAUUACAAAGAAAGAACCGGAUCCCUUCUCGCAUAGUUUGAACCGGAAUGUGAAUGACACCCUCAGGUGGGGCGCAUCAGAUUUGUUCUGUAGAUUGGAUGAGAAUUAUGCUAAUGAGAGCGAUUUAUCAUCUGGGCAGUUGCUUCUUAGUGGUGUCGUAGAAGAAUUCUGUACUAUCAUUUCUGAAAGUUCUGAAAUAGUUGGCAUACACGAUUCUCUCAUUUCAAAAGUUUUACAUAGUUCUUCACACUUCAUUACUAAUUUUCCGCUAUUUGGGGAGCAGAGAGUUCAGUGCACAGAUGAAGAACCUUGUGUUUUCUGGAAGAGUCUGUUGGGGGUAAGAAAUCCCCAGUGGAAACAUCUAAGAUGGCGAGGUCCAAGGAGUAGAAAGAGAGUCCAAUUUUUUGGCGCAUCAACACAAACACUGCAAAUGUCACAUAAUGAAGUAGUAAAAAAGUGUAGGAAAACAAACAGUGAAGGAAGUCAAGUUUCUACUUCAGAAGAAGGUCCUUCUACAGUUAGUCCUUCUAACGAGUCAUCACCAGCAUCUACUAAUGAAAACAGUCCACUUACUCCAAAGCAUUUUUCUAGUUCUUUAUGUGACCUGUCGCGCGACGAUCCUGCAGAAGUAAUAAUACUAUCUGAUACACAGAGCAGUCUUCAUAUCCUUCUAAAGGAAGAGAUGUCAAAAGUUUUUGAAGUGCUAAAACUUCCGGAGGAUGUCGAAAGAAUGGCUGCACAGUUUCUAGAAUAUGUAAUGGAAAAUCACCGCAUUAGUCGGGAACGAGUGAUGGCAGUGAAAAUAUUCCAGGCUUUCCAAAUAUCUAUGUGCUGGAUGGCAGCUUCUUUGUUGAAGCAAAAGGUGGACAAGGAUGAGAUGCUUGCGCUAACCAAAGAACGUCUGAAUUUUAAAUGUACUAAAGAUGAAGCACUUGCUGUUUAUCUGAAGUUUCGUGCACUAAAGAAAUUAUUUUUGCAUAGCAUGAAGAGAAAUGAGCAGACUUGGAUUUUAUUUAAGCAUUAUGAAACAGAUAAGAAAGGUGAAACUUGCAGAGCUCUGGCUCAACCACUUUCAGAAGAACAUAUCACUGAUGAGGUCUUGUUAGCUGAACGUGAGAAGGACAAGGACUUCUUGGUAAGCUCUGAUAAUCCAACAGAAGUAUCUGAAGAUGCCAUUGAUGUAGAUGUGGUACUUGAACAUGAUGCAGAAGCAAAUACUACAAAUGUACACGGUGUGGGGAAUAUUGAAGGUUGCCCGGAAGAUGAUGCUAGUAACUAUGCUGAUGUAAAUCAUGCGUCAGACAAAGUUAAUCCUUCAAAUAAUGGUGGUUUCAUACCUCAAAAUCAAUCUGAUAGGGCACUUCUAUCAGAGAACCAGAGUACAUUAGAUAGUGAAGCUGGAAUUACAGGGCCUAUUAGUUCUACUCAACACGGAAUGCCUUUCUCUGAAGCCAUAUUGGCUAAAAAUUGUGAACGUCCAUCAGCUCCUAAUGCUAGUGGUCUCCCUUCACACGAUGAAGCUGCAUAUUUGGCUUGUGAUCAAGAGGAUAAUGCUUUACAUCCCUCUAGGCAACCUUCUCCACUGUCGGUUGAGACUGGGACAGGAACACAACCUUCUAUUGAUUCUGAUUCUCGAGAUCCUCUUCAUUAUGAAUUUGAUAGGAUACGCCGAGAAAUGGAGAAUGCUGCCAAGAGUCAAGAAGAUUUGAGAUCACAGAUUAAAUCUGAUUGUGAUAUGGAAAUUAAGGAAACCAUUACAGAAAUUCGUAACAAAUACAAUUCCAGACUUCAUGAGUCAGAGACGAAAUAUUCACUCAUAAAGAAUGAACUUGGUGGGAAUCUAAAGAAAGUUCUUUUGAACAAGCUAUUGGCUGAUACUUUCCGAUCAAAAUGCUUGGAUCUUAAGCCAUCAAGGAUCCCGGGUAUGCAAGCCAUACCUACCAGUUUUAUGCAGCAUUUACAUCAAGUAUCAAUGCAAAUUCAACCAACGUUGCUGUCCGCCUCCCUCACUGGGUGGCAAAAGGAAGCACCAUUAAUUGCUUCACCUUACCCGGGAGAACAACAGAAAAAUUUGGCUGCACCAAUUACGAGACUGCCAUCCCCAUCUUUGCCUUCCGCUGGACAACAACUAGCUACUAGUCAGCUAGCCCUGUCAAGGCCUUCUGUAGUUGGUGAAUCCGCAAGAAGGCCACCACCAACAUCAGUUUCUUUGACUCCAGCUAUCCAGCAAAGUCCAUCAAUGGCUCGGUCAAGAUCACCUUCGAUUCCCUCAUCUUCUCAUGGAGAGCAAACUUCAGCCCCAGCAAUUUCAGAAUCGCCAUCCCUUUCUCUGUCUUCGAGUAGACAAGAUUUGGCCACUGCCCAGGAGACUUCUGACUCUCCAAUGCCUUCUGCAGUUGGUGGAUCUCCAAGAAGACCACCACCACCACCACCAUCAUAUAUUUCUUUUCUUCCAGCUAGUCAGCAAAACCAGUCAACGGUACGGACAAGGUCACCAUCAGUCGCUUCUUCUGCUGCUGGAGAGCAAACUUCUUCCCCAGCACUUAUGAAUCUGCAAUCUCUUCCUUUAUCUUCUGGUAGACACUACUUAGCUACUGCCCCGUCAAAGUCCUCUGCAGUUGGCGAAUUUCCUAGAAAGCCAUCACCAUCAAUGCCUUUUCCCGUGGUUGGUGAAUCACCAAGAAAAACACCACCAUCACCAUUUUCUUUGUCUCAAUCUAGCAGCCAGCAAUUGCCACCAACAAUUUGGUCAAGAUCACCACCAUCAACUUCUCUGGCUUCCCAGCAGACGAUUCCCGUUUCAUUGAGAUCUUCUUUGGUUAGUAAAUCCCCAUCGAUUUCCCACAGGGCACCAGUUAUCGGUUCCAUUACCCCUUCUUCAGGUAACCUACGAACAGGAGGAGAUUUUCGUGCCCCAGCACCCCACCUUCAAUCCUUUAGGCCUUCAUCAAGACCCUCAGUGGCUGCUGCCAACUUUCCUCCUUCAAACCCUUCCUCAAUCGAUCAUUCUCCACUUCAACCUUCAGCAAAGCCUUCUCUAAAAUCACAACCCAAUAACAGAACAUCAUCACUACCCUGUGCUAAUAAUGUUCCUGCAAUGGAGUUGCUUAGGAAUCUUGAUGAUUUUCUCGGAAAGCUUUCUGUAACACAGAAAAAUCAAAUUGGUAAACAAGUUUUUUCGAGUGCUUCGAACUUGUCUUCAUCUUCAUUCUCACUCAAACAUGGGCCAAUCCGGCCAUCAGUCUUUGAGUUUUCUAACAUGUCACAAGACAAGGAGGAAGAUCGGCCAAAGCCGUCGGCUGCAACAAAUAACUUCAACUGUGUUUCGAACCAGAUUGCUCCUCCUAAAGUUUUCCCCUUUUCUGCCCUUGAGUUGCUCAGGAAUGUUGACAGCCAAGCUUGUCCAUCAAACCAGACAACAAAAAGUGGUUCGCCUUCCUUGUCAGAAACUAACCUUAUUGGAACAGUAGGUAGUAGUACAAGUAGUAGUGCACAAGGAAGUUCUACCUCUGCUGCACCUCUAUCAACUGAUGUUGGCUGUCUGUCUAAUAAUAUUGAAGAUUGAGAACUGGGUAUUCUUUUUCCUGUAGUUGUUUUACCUAUUUGUUCUCAGGCUUGUUUUUUGCCUACUUGUAUGUUGUAACCUCUACCAAAUAUAAGCUCAUAUCUGUAUCUCUUCUCAACUGUUUUGUAUCUAAAACUUCAUAGUAUAAAAACAAUAACCUUGUAAUAGUUAUAUGUUGAGAAGAAGCCCUUGGGAUGAAUGAAAUUUGAAGAUAGUUACCGUGUUUUUUUUUGCUCGAAG